UGCCUUUCUCCAGCAGGGUCUCCGUGCCUCCCUCCCUCCCUCUGUGGUCAGUGGGUGAGAGGGGGGAGACGAGUCGCAGCGAACAGAGAAGCCGCCGUCAUCAUCAUCCUCCUCCUGCUGCUGCUGUCGCUUCGGUCCUGUCAUCGCAGCCCACCCCACCCCCCCUCACCCGCCUCUGGAAGUACAGCCAGCCUCCGGUCCUGGAGCGUCGGGCAGACAGAGCCGCUUCCCAGCCUCUCUCUUUUUUUUCUUCUUCUUCCUUUGCAAUCUGAAUGACGGGCGGACGGUUUGACUUCGACGACGGCGGCACUUACUGCGGGGGGUGGGAGGAUGGCAAAGCCCACGGACACGGCAUCUGCACCGGACCCAAGGGCCAGGGCGAGUACGCCGGGUCCUGGUCGCACGGCUUCGAGAUAGUCGGCGUGUACACCUGGCCCAGCGGGAACACCUACAAGGGCUACUGGUCCCAGGGGAAGCGGCACGGGCUCGGGGUUGAGAAUAAAGGCAGGUGGGUGUACCGCGGGGAGUGGAGCCACGGCUUCAAGGGGCGCUACGGGGUCCGGCAGAGCCACAACACACCUGCCAGGUACGAAGGGACCUGGAGCAACGGGCUGCAGGAUGGAUACGGGGUUGAAACCUACUGCGAUGGCGGUACCUUUCAAGGUCAGUGGAUGGGUGGGAUGCGCCAUGGCUACGGUGUCCGUCAGAGUGUUCCCUACGGCAUGGCCACGGUCAUCCGUUCCCCCCUUCGAACGUCCAUGGCCUCCCUGCGCUCCGAGCAGAGCAACGGCACGGUGCUCCACGACCUCUCCUCCCCUGCCGACACGCCCACGGGCAGCCGCGGCGGCUUCGUCCUCAACUUCCACUCGGACAGCGAGGUCGUCACCGGCAAAAAGAAGGGCCUGUUCCGCCGGGGCUCGCUGUUCGGCAGCCUCCGGCAGCUGCGCAAGUCUGACUCUCGGACCUCGAUCUCCAGCAAACGCAGCUCGGCGAGAAGCGACGCCACCAUGAGCCGCAUCAGCUCCAGCGACGCCAACUCCACCAUAUCCCUCGGCGAUGGCGAGCUGCCGGAUGAGGACCUACCUCUGGAGGACCAUGUGGACGCAACCACCACUGAGACCUACAUGGGCGAGUGGAAGAACGACAAGCGGAAUGGAUUUGGUGUUUCAGAGAGAUCCAACGGGAUGAAAUACGAAGGGGAGUGGCUUAACAACAAACGCCAUGGUUACGGGUGCACGGUUUUCCCAGAAGGCACCAAAGAAGAAGGGAAGUACAAAAAUAAUGUGCUGGUGCGUGGAAUAAGAAAGCAGUUGAUCCCUCUUAAAAACCCCAAAACCAAAGAGAAGGUGGAUCGGGCUGUGGAGGGCGCACAGAGGGCUGCGGCCAUCGCCAGGAGUAAAGUGGAAAUAGCAGCUUCCAGGUAAAGUUGUGUUUGGGCACAUUUGUGUUCAUUC